AAUACAGAAAUGGCUCAAAACACAGAAUUAUUUUUGGGUCGUCCCAAAAAAAUAUUAACAUUUUUCGGCAUUUGGCUACCAUCGAAACAAUAUCAAGAUUUGGUAAAAAUCUACAUGAUUUUGGUUAUGAUUACUCAAUAUUCCUUUGUGUUAUUCGAAAUUAUUUAUAUAAUCAAUGUUUGGGGAGAUAUUGAGGUAGUUUCUGAGGCGUCUUAUUUGCUUUUCACGCAAGCUUCUGUAUGUUACAAGACAACUGCUUUUCUGAUUAAAAAACGUAAACUAGUCUUGCUGCUGGAACAUAUGGAACAGGAGAUUUUUGCGUCGCAAUCUAAAGACCAUGAGAAAAUAUUACUGGAGCUGUCAUUAAGAAUUAAGCGUCUCUGUACGUUUUUCUUGACAAGUGCUAUUACGACUUGCACUUUGUGGGCUAUGAUUCCUCUCUUCGAUGAUGCCGGUCAUAAGACUUUUCCGUUUAGGAUUUGGAUGCCUGUAACGGCGGACGAGUCACCAGGCUAUGAGUUGGGUUACUUGUACCAAAUGGUUAGCAUAUACAUCAGCGCAUUCCUCUUCAUAGCGGUGGACAGUGUGGCUCUUUCCAUGAUCAUGUUCGGAUGUGCACAGCUGGACAUCAUCAAGGACAAAAUGCAGAAGGUGCGUGAAGUGCCCAUAUGUUUAAACGUGGAUGAGAAGAAAGAAAAGUUGAAAAGCAAUAACGACCUUUUUACCGAAUGUGUUCGCCACUAUCAAAAUGUAAUUAGUUUCGUCGAGCUGGUAGAAGAAACUUACCACGCAAAUAUAUUUUUCCAGUUGAGUGGCACGGUUGCUAUCAUAUGCAACAUUGGACUUCGCAUUUCUAUAGUGGACCACCACAGUGUGCAGUUCUUCUCGAUGUUAAACUACAUGGUGACCAUGUUGUCUCAACUGUUCCUGUAUUGCUGGUGCGGCAACGAGCUCACUAUACGGAGCGAGGUCUUACGUGAUUGGAUGUACCAGUGUCCAUGGUACGACCAAGAUACCAAGUUCAAGAGAACUCUAUGGAUCACCAUGGAGCGUAUGAAGAAACCCAUUAUAUUUAAAGCCGGCCACUAUAUCUCGCUCUCUAGGCCUACAUUUGUUGCUAUUCUGCGCUGUUCGUACUCAUACUUCGCAGUCCUCAACAGGGCGAACACAUAAUAAAACACAAUAUGCACAAAUGAAUUGUUUAUUUAUAAACCGUGUAUCACAUAUGCGUAGUGUACAUUCACGAUAAUUUAGGCAAAAGUGUGCUUAGUUUAUGAAAAAUCAUGAAAAAAUACAUUAUAAAGGUGCGUCCACACACACGAGUCACUUUCGCGACGCGUGUCAUAGACAAUAUUUUUUAUUCCAAAUUCAAAUGUCAUGCGUUGCGAAAGUGACAUGGAGGUCGGUGUGGGCAGCAAUUUUAUCAUUUUUAACACUCAACGACACCUUAACUAAUAAAAACUUUUAGUCAAGUCGAUAAAUUCGUGCGCUUAAAUAAAAAAAUAACAGCGUAAAGGCGAACUUUUAAAACAAUUACAACCACGUUUUAGAAUUUUUUAUUCCCAAUAAUGGCGGGAUUGUAACGUUUUGCGUACAAAAACUAUUAUUUUGUGUUUUUAAAUAGUAUAAAUUCUUAUGACGUUAAAUUUUAAUAAUGUUCAUAUUUCAAAUGGGUAACAAAGAAAAAUAGUUAAUGUACGCAAAUGCCAUAAAAUCCCGCACAAAAAUUAGUCAAUGAUGCUUAAUUUUGUACAAAACAGUUCCACGUACCAACAUUAGCACAAUAAAGCAGUUAACACA